ACGAACCCGUUCGUUUGGGGCCCCGGACGUGUGAAUUCCCAUGGGUUGAACUUCUGGGCCUCCACCGCACCCCUGGUCUCCAGACAACAUUAAAAGGCCAGCGGUGGCCGCCUUGAGACUUGCGAUAUCUGGGCCUCUUUGACGACCUGCUUAUUCACCACCACCCUCAACAUGGACUCCAUUAGGAAACAGUCCCCAGCCGCGUCCGGUGAUGCCCAGCUCGCCGGCCGCACAUCCAAAAGCAGCGUCAGCAAGCCCCAUGAGAAGCUGGCCGAGAUCGCGACGGCCGCCAGGGGCCCCGUGUCGACGACCGAUCAUGUCCAGUCGCGCGAGUCCAUCGCCAUGGCGAAAAGGGUCAAUCGAAAACUCGACUUUGCCCUUCUACCCAUCCUCUCUUUCCUGUACCUCUUCAACGGCCUUGACCGCUCCAAUAUUGGCAACGCAGAGACGCAAGGCUUCACCCGCGACAUUGGUGCCAGUCCCGAGGACCUCAACCUGGCCGUGUCCCUCUUCUUCAUCACCUUUGUGCUGUUCCAGCCUCCCUCGGCCGCUGUCGGCCGCUGGCUCGGUGCCAAGCACUGGAUCCCCAUCAUGAUGAUUGGCUGGGGCGCUAUCACUCUUGCGCAGGCGUGGAUUAAAGGACGAGGCGCCCUGAUAGCAACCCGACUCCUCAUCGGAGCCUUCGAGGCUGGCUUCUACCCCACCGCCGUCGCCUAUCUCUCCUUCUUCUACUGCCGCUUCGACCUGGCCACGAGGAUCGGCCUGUUCUAUGGCCAGUACGCCAUCGCAGGUGCCUUCUCCGGCUCCAUCGCAUAUGGCAUCUUCCACCUGCGGACCGGCCCCCUCAACAACUGGCAGUACCUCUUCGUCAUUGAAGGUGCCCUGACCAUGCUGUUCGGCCUCAUUGCGUGGGUCUGGCUCCCCACAGGCCCCGGGUCGGCGUGGUUCUUCAGCGAGGAGGAGCGCAUCUUUGCCGCCGAGCGCAUCAAGGCCGACAACGCCCUCUAUGUAUCCCACGCCUACAGCGAGGACGGCGUGGAGCAGGACAGGCUGACCAAGCGCGACGUUGUCGAGACGGGCAAGGACUGGAAGCUCUGGUAUGUGCUGUUCUUCAACAUCUGCGCCAGCGUGCCCAGCCAGGCCUUUUCGGUCUUUUUGCCCCUCGUCGUCCAGGGCCUCGGAUACUCGUCCAUCCAGGCAAAUCUGAUGUCUGUGCCCCCCUUUGUCUGUGGUGCCGUUGGACUGUAUCUCUUCGCGCUGAGCUCUGAUCACCGAAAGGAACGCGGCCUCCACAUUAUCGGCGGCAUCCUCGUGGCCCUUGUAGGCCUGGUCAUUACAGUCGCCGUCCGCUCCCACGGGGGCAAAUACGCCGGCCUCUGCAUCCUUCUCUUCGGAAGCUACGUGUCAGCCCCCCUCACAGUGGCCUGGCUCAGCGGCAACACACCCGAACCCGGAAAACGAGCCCUUGUUCUCGGUGUCAACGGCUUCGGCAACCUGGCCGGCGUCAUUGGCGCGCAGCUCUACCGCCCCAAGUACAAGCCGGACUAUCACAUCCCGUUCUACGCCACCCUGGGCUUUGUGGCGCUGGCGCUGGCUGGGUAUCUCGCCUAUCGCUUCACACUGCAGCACGUCAACCGAAGGAAGCUCAAGACCAUGAGCGACAAGACCGAGGAAGAGAUUCAGUGCGAGCGGACCGAUAAUACCCGCUAUGCUGAUCGCAAGUGGACGUUUAUUUACGGACUGUAGGCUCGGAUGUUGCUGGUGUUCGCGACAGUGGGAUCAGUUCAAGGAGGCGUAGGCGUAGAUGUGAAUGCCAGGCUACGACAAAAGCACUGGCUCCUAAUGAAAAAUCCAAAUAUGCUUGAAGCGCAACUACAAGUUCAGGCUCGACGAUCGUUACAUCCAGAAUGGGCGCCUCGUCACUGCCGGGUCG